UUUCAUUAUUAGUGAGGAACUCUGGGAAAACAUGGCUGCUUCCUGCACUUACCUCGUAUCUAACUUCCACAAACCCGUAGGACAGAAUUAAUAAACCCGCUUUCUGUGAUCUUGUCAUUCCCCGAACACAACUUUGAUUGAUACAAGUCACGUCAAAACGUUGUCAAUAGCUAGCCAUGGAGAAGAGAGGCAGCGUCGACAGUCUUGGCUCUAAGCAAUCUUCUUCUAGACAGCCAAGUGUGGAUUCAUUGUCCAGCACCUCAACCUCUCGUUCAGAUCGGUCCUCUCAAACCAAGCCUCCUUCUUCGGCAAUGUCUUCAGACUCGGUCUCCACUUCAGAGUUCUCCCCUGAGUUGCGGGGAAAGCCCAUAGCUGUUGCAAAGGUUCUCAGGGAUGCAAGUAAAGAGGAACCACAAUUACUGCCAAAAGAGACUGUACAACACAUGACCAAAGACGUCACCUACAUCUGCCCUUUCAUCGGAGCACUAAGGGGAAUGCUGACAGUCACCAACUAUAGACUUUUCUUCAAAUGCAUGGAUAGGGAGCCAGCGUUUCUGCUCGACCUGCCCCUGGGAGUAGUGAGCCGCGUGGAAAAGAUUGGAGGGGCUUCGAGUCGUGGUGAGGUCUCCUAUGGACUGGUGUGCAAGGAUCUUCGAAAUCUGCGGUUUGCGCACAAGCAGACGGAAGACUCGCUCAGGAAGUCUAUUUUUGAGGUCCUGAUGAAAUUUGCCUUUCCUGUUUCCAAUGGACUGCCAAUAUUUGCCUUUGAGUACGGACAGGUCUUUCCAGAAAACGGCUGGAAGGUGUAUGAUGCUCAAUCGGAAUACAAGAGACAGGGUUUGCCUAACGAGAGCUGGAGGAUGACCAAAGUGAACGAUCACUACGAGGUGUGUGACACCUACCCGUCGACCCUGGUGGUCCCGGUCCACAUCCCUGACGAGGAGCUGAAGAGGGUGUCCGGCUUCAGAGCCAAGGGCCGCAUCCCUGUUCUGUCCUGGAUCCACCCAGAGACCCAGGCCACGGUGACCCGCUGCAGCCAGCCCAUGGUGGGUGUCAACGGCAAGCGCAGCAAGGAGGACGAGAAGUACCUCCAGGCCAUCAUGGAUGCCAACGCCCAGUCCCACAAGCUCUUCAUCUUCGACGCCAGGCCCAGCGUCAACGCAGCUGCUAACAAGAUGAAAGGGGGUGGGUAUGAGAGUGAGGAUGCCUAUCAGAAUGCCGAGCUGGUCUUCCUGGACAUCCAUAACAUCCAUGUGAUGCGCGAGUCAUUACGCAAGCUUAAGGAGGUGGUUUACCCCAAUAUCGAGGAAUCUCAUUGGCUCUCCAACCUCGAGUCCACUCAUUGGCUGGAGCAUAUCAAGCUGAUCCUGGCAGGGGCACUGCGUAUCGCAGACAAGGUGGAGUCUGGGAAGACCUCGGUGGUGGUGCACUGCAGCGACGGCUGGGACCGCACGGCCCAGCUCACCUCCCUGGCCAUGCUGAUGCUGGACGGACACUACCGCACCAUCCGGGGCUUCGAGGUGCUGCUGGAGAAGGAGUGGCUGAGCUUCGGACACCGUUUCCAGCUGAGGCUGGGCCACGGGGACAAGAACCACACAGAUGCAGACCGCUCUCCUGUGUUCCUCCAGUUCAUCGACUGCGUGUGGCAGAUGACGCGGCAGUUCCCUGCAGCUUUCGAGUUCAACGAGUACUUCCUGGUCACCAUCCUAGACCACCUGUACAGCUGCCUGUUUGGGACAUUCCUGUGCAACAGUGAACAGCAGAGGGUCAAAGAGGAAAUUCCCAAGAAGACUGUGUCUCUGUGGUCCUACAUCAACAGCCAGCUGGAGGAUUUCACCAACCCUCUGUACGUGAACUACUCCAACCACGUGCUGUUCCCUGUGGUCAGCAUGCGCCACCUGGAGCUGUGGGUGGGCUACUACAUCCGCUGGAACCCUCGCAUGAGGCCACAGGAGCCUGUGCACCAGCGAUACAAGGAGCUGCUUGCCAAGCGGGCGGAGCUUCAGAAGAGGGUGGAGGAGCUGCAGCGAGAAGUGACCAAUCGCUCGGCCUCCUCUUCCUCCGAGAGGGCGGGGUCUCCAACCCGCUCCAUUACUCCGGUGCAGACCUUCGUUUGACACGAGUGAACCAGCGGAUGGUGGGUGGGUAGAGUACCUUAAAGGUAGGGGGGUCCCAUCUCAAGAUGGUGCCAGAUUCACAACCAGUAGACCGCACUGUAGAAGGUCUGUCUGGUUUGGUUUGUGUUUAGGAUGAAACACUGCUAUAGGAAUCCAUCACCAAGUGUCUGUAGAAUCAGAGUUUUGGCUAGGCUGCAUCUCUCUGCUACUCCCAAAGCUGAGUUCUGGAAGGGUCUGCACUACAUAGAGCUGGCUGUCUGUCUCAGACCACCUCACUAUAGCCAUACUCUACUGCACUGACCCCCUAUGGGGGCCACAAAGAUUACAUGCAAACUUAGUACUAUUAGAAAAAUAGAAACAAGCACUCUCAAACACCAAUUAUGCUUUUCAGCAUAUAUGCCUUUCUGCUUAUUCAGUAUUCAUGCAUUUGUUUAUUUAAAGUUAGGGACACUAAUAGAUAGUUGGUAAGUUCAAGACGAUAUUGAAACACUCAUUCCUUUUGUUGUGACGAGCCAUGUUAGCCACCAAGCAUUAAAACGUACGCUGAGCUUUUAAGUUUGUGUCUACUUAACAUAUCUGUAACAAAUUUUGUUUUGAGGUCACUUGAGGUGACUUGACCAAAAAUGGCUCUAGAAAAUGCCGGAUUCUUUCUUUUUUACUUGAUGGUGUGAACGCUUUUAGGAUUCCGCUCAUUUUCUUUACUAAUAGAUUGCAAAGCCUUGGUUUAGGAUUCUUUACAUAUAAUUUUUUUGUAAUUAAUUGUCCUUUUGGCCUUACUUGAAAAUGUAUACUCGAGCACUAACAUAAAUAUAUGAAUAACUAACUCAAAUGCAAGGGAGAAAGAAAUGUGAUGAACGUUUGCUGAGCUGGUGCAAGGAUUUGUUAAUGUGGUGUAGAUUGUGUUAAAAGGUAGUAGUAUGAAUGUACUUGGGAAACAUUGCCUCGUUUUGUUCAUACAUAUGUUGUCUGGAAUUGUUACAUUUUAGACUGUCCACUAUUUUUGACUACAGUGUGCUUUGUAGGAGUUUUUAAAUGGUUGUUCGAUAAGUGCUACUUACUUUGUAAUCCUUCAGUUGAAUGUUUAUUGGGGCUUCCAUUGAUGUACUAGAACAAGCAGCCUAUUUAGACAGAUACUUAAUACUACAACACAAGGUAUUCAUGUGUUGUUCAGAGACUCACAAACAGCAUGCCUGCCUUGUACAAAAUAAUUUAAAACACUGGUGGGACUUCUUCUUUGUGUUGUAAUUGAAACAUGAUGAUAUGGACAAAAAUCACAUUUCAACACAGAUGGUAAAAUCCUUUCUAGUUGAUGUGUGCUGUUGUUAGGUUGACAUGCUGUGUGUCCAAAUGUGUGUGGAUUCUCUGCAUGUCUUAAUCAAAUUCUAAACAGGAUGGUUGAUGAAGUGGUCAUUGUCUUCCAAUUUUAUUCACUUAAUUCUUCCUGUGUCUCUCACUAAUUUAUAAUUUCUCAACAAACUGGUUUGGCCAUCUGUAGAAUAAUUUUGUCAAAGACUGUUUUUAUUGAAUCACGUUCAUAUUCUUUAGAUUUCUAAAUGUUUAUGAGUAAUGUUUCCAUUUAUUAUGUAGGAUUGUGUUAGAUGCAGCUAGAUGAAAUAUUAUGUUCAGUCCAUAUUGUUAUACAUCAGUGCUAUGUGUAAACCACAGCAUAAUUAUGGCACUCUAAUCCAUAGUAGUCUACCCUACUACACCAUAUAAAAAUAUUAAAAUAACAUCUCCUGUAUGCGUUUUUCAUU